UCCGAAUUUGAUAGGCACAAUAUUGAUCCGGUAUUGCGAUGAAGCUGGUACUUGUAAGUCUGUGCUGUUUGGGGGCGUUAGGAUCGCUGACGGCGGCCUACGAGCCCGUGGAGCUGAACUACCAUGAGCGUGUAGGCAUCCCUCGCGCCCAGGCCGUCCUGCAGGCCGAGCUCGCGCCCGAUUUCGACGGCAGCCGGAUCGUCAGUGGCACCCCGGCCGCCCUCGGCCAGUACCCUUACAUGGCUGGACAGAUAAUGACGCUGGCGAACGGUGGCCAGUCUAUCGGUGGCGGUACACUGAUAAGCAAUACGAAGGUUUUGACCGCGGCUCACAACUUGUUCGACGGGCGGCAGAUGGUACGCCACGUGACCGUCGUGCUGGGCUCCAUUCGUGUCUUCACCGGCGGCACCAGAAUCACUUCUGACAGGAUGGAGCUCCACGCUAACUACAACGUUAAUAGGAUAAGGAAUGACAUUGCCAUCAUCACUAUCAACUGGGUCAACUAUAGCAAUACGAUCCGCAACAUUGGGCUGGCGUCGGGCAGUAACACGUACGCCGGCGCUUGGGCCUGGGCCAUAGGCUUUGGCAAGACCAGCGACGCGGCGCCUGCGAGUCCGGACCUCAUGCACGCCCGCGUGCAAGUGAUCACCAACGAAGCGUGCCGCAACUCGUUCUCCGGAAACAUGAUAGUCGAGUCCACGCUGUGCAUCAGUGGAGCUACUGGAAACAUCUGCACUGGCGACUCCGGCGGCCCGCUUGUCUCCAACAACCUCCUUAUCGGCGUGUCAUCAUUCGGCUCGGGAUCGUGCGACACGCGCCGACCCUCCGGCUUCGCCCGCGUCAGCUCAUUCAACUCCUGGAUCAGAGCGAGGAUGUGAGCACAGACUUUGCAAAAAUAAAUGAACUUACUAACA